AUGUCACCGUACAACAGUGUCAGGUCACCGUACAACAGUGUCAGGUCACCGUACAACAGUGUCAGGUCACUGUACAACAGUGUCAGGUCACCGUACAACAGCGUCAGGUCACCGUACAACAGUGUCAGGUCACCGUACAACAGUGUCAGGUCACCGUACAACAGUGUCAGGUCACCGUACAACAGUGUCAGGCCACCGUACAACAGUGUCAGGUCACCGUACAGUGUCAGGUCACCGUACAACAGUGUCAGGUCACCGUACAACAGUGUCGGGUCACCGUACAACAGUGUCGGGUCACCGUACAACAGUGUCAGGUCACCGUACAACAGCGUCAGGUCACCGUACAACAGUGUCAGGUCACCGUACAACAGCGUCAGGUCACCGUAUAACAGUGUCAGGUCACCGUACAACAGCGUCAGGUCACCGUACAACAGUGUCAGGUCACCGUACAACAGUGUCAGGUCACCGUACAACAGCGUCAGGUCACCGUACAACAGCGUCAGGUCACCGUACAACAGCGUCAGGUCACCGUACAACAGUGUCAGCUGUGGCUGA